AUGGAUUCCAGGGCGGCCAAGAUGGUGCAAGAGAUCAGCCUAGCACUCAUCUUUGAUGCCCAAAAAGUUCUGGAGGAACUCAGUGAAAUUGACAUGAGAUGUAAUGAUCUGGGAAAAAAUCCCAUUGCUAACACCUUCCCAGAAAUCAAGAAGAAGGUCCAGCUUUUCAAGGACCUCUGCAAGCAGCACAGGCAGACCUUCCAGAAAGAACUGGCAGGACUCUUGCCUUCCAUCCGGGGAGGAGGAAAAGAGGAAGGCGCCCUGGCCGACAUCCUGAGGUCCAUGAACCAGUCUCCCUUCAACAGCCAAAAGCUCCAGGAGUUUCUGAAGAUGAAGGAGCGGGAGAUGGAUUUUGUGAACUCUUACCUUGCUAUCCUCAGUGGGAUAGAAGUCCUCUCCUCUGAGAGCAAACUGAAUGAAAUAGUGCUUGACCACCAGAAUGAAUUUGUCAUCAGCUUUACAUUCACUUCUUUACAUGAUGAGGAACCAUUUUUAGCCAAUUUACAACAUUAUCUUCAUAAAGAAGACAAGGACAACCCAGGAGCUUCUGUUUACUUCUAUGAAGAUGGAGAGCUGGUCAGUUGCAGCUUUGACCUUCCCUCAAAACCUCUCCCUCUUCUUGUCCAUGGAAUUAGACAUGACAGCGUCCAGCUGACCUUUCAACCAGCCGAAUACGGGAGAGAGAAUAUCACCAGCUACCAGGUAGAGUACAGGAUUGAGGGAGAAGAGAACUGGAAGACUGUGAACACGGAGAGCAGCCAGGAGACCUUCCUACUAAGAGGUCUAAGCCCAAACACGGAGUACCAGUUCCAAUACGCUGUUAGGUGCAAGCCGGGCCUCAGUGAGACCAGCAACAUCACCCAGUCUGUGAAGACCCUUCCCAUUGGACCUCCUGGGAAACCCAGAGAAGUAACUGUGGAACCGUCCAUGAUUUCUGUUGCUUGGGGAAGUCCCAGUGUCAUUGGAGUGGGAGCUGUUAUAAAAGAGUACAAAGUGGAGUACAGAGAAGAGACUGGGCAUGAAAACAUCAAGAGCAAAGAUGCAUGGAAUGAAAGAAGGACAGGGAGAAAAACAGAACUCUUCCAGAUUAGUGGGCUGAAUCCUCAGAUGGUCUACAGACUCAGAGUGUCCGCAGUGUGUGCCGAUGGGACUCAGAGUAUUCCCAGUGAAGAGGUGGAGGUUUCUACAUCCCUGGAUGAAGUUGAGAAGGACAGAUUAGUUCAAAAAUACCUCCCAAAGAGUAGGCUACUGGUAGAAGGACAACCAUCAAUCUAUGCUCUUCCACUAGAGGUGGCAUCAGAUGAUUCAACAUCCUGUCUGACAUAUUGUCUUGGGGAAGAGAACCCAAGGGUCUCCAACAAAGUUAUCAUGGUGAUGGGAGCAACGGGGUCAGGGAAGACCACCCUCAUCAAUGGGAUGAUCAACUACAUCUUGGGUGUCCAAUGGGAAGACAAAUUCCGAUUCAAACUCAUUCAUGAAGAGACCAAUCGGAGCCAAGCUGAAAGCCAGACCUCCGAAGUAACUGCUUACAUGGUGAACCAUCAGAAGGGCUUCAAAGUUCCUUUUUCUCUCACCAUUAUUGACACUCCAGGAUUUGGGGACACGAGAGGACUCGAGCAUGACAAAUUGAUCACAGAGAAGAUCAGGACAUUUUUCUCCACCCCAGGAGAAAAACAUCCUGAUCAUAUAGAUGCCAUCUGCAUUGUAGUCCAGGCCUCCUUGGCUCGCUUAACUCAGCCCCAGAAAUAUGUGUUUGACUCAAUCCUCUCGAUUUUUGGAAGAGACAUAAAGGACAACAUCCAAAUCCUGGUCACUUUUGCUGAUGGGCAGUCCCCUCCUGUCCUGGAAGCUAUUAAAGAAGGUGGUGUGCCGUAUUCAAAAGAUGCUGAUGGGGCACCCGUCCACUUCAAAUUCAACAAUUCUGCCCUUUUUGCCAACAAAAAGAUAGAGAGUGGGGGCAGCCUUAAUUUUGAUGAAAUGUUCUGGAAAAUGGGCUGUGAGAGCAUGAAGACUUUCUUUGACUCAUCCAACGCCUUGGAAACCAGAAGUCUGACUUUGACAAAGGAAGUCCUCCGAGAACGGAAACACCUGGAAGCUGCUGUGGAAGGUCUGGAGCCCCAGAUCCAAGCUGGACUGGUGAAACUGGAAGAGCUGAGGAAGACCCAACAAGCUCUGGAUCAGCACAGGGAUGAGAUGACCGCCAACGAGAACUUUGAGUACGAGGUGGAUAAAACUAUCCCAGUGAAGGAGGACAUCUCUGGAAGUGGGAAUUUCAUAACCAAUUGCAUGAAUUGUCAUUAUACCUGUCAUUAUCCUUGUACAAUUGCCGAAGAUGAUUGGAAGUACUGCUGUGCAGCUAUGGAUUCCAAUACAAAAACAUGCGAGGUGUGUCCUGGCCGAUGUGCAUGGAAUAUUCACUACAACCAAAAGUACAAGUUUUCAUAUAAAGUUGUAAAAGAGAAAAAGACCUAUGAAGACCUGAAGCAGAAAUAUGAGCAUGCUUCUGGUGAGGUGAUGACCACUGCGAAAGUUUUUGAAAUACUCAGGGAAGAGUAUGAAGACGUCAAGCACAUCUUGGAAGAUCUUAUCAAGCAAUCUUCCCAGAGCCUUUGCCGCUUACAGGAAAUCGCCCUGAAGCCCAACCCGCUCUCCACCCCAGAAUACAUCGACCUGCUCAUCAUGUCCGAAAAGGAAGAGCUGAAGCCAGGUUACCAGGAGAGAAUUCAGGUGUUGAAAGAAAUGAGGAGGAAGGCUGAAAUAAUACAGAAGAUUGCUAAUAACAAGCCACUUCUGCCUGAAGAAAAGACCAUCUAUGAUCAGACUGAAGAAAGGAAGAAUUUGCUCACGGGGCAAAUUUAA